UUAAGGCAAGGCCGCUGUGGCCACCGGAAGUGGAGGCGAGCAAGAGCGACGCCAUGUUGAGUGUGGCCUUCCCGGCUCCCAGUCGCCUCUUCAGGUCGUGGGUCCCUCUCCUGGAGGCCUCCAGGAUGCCCAAGAAGGGAAAGGCACAGAAUAAGGAAACGGUGAAAUCCUCAGUUUCCGGGAGCCCUGUGGCAACUGAUAAAAGUGGCUGUGUUACUAUCUCUGUUCAUGCCAAACCUGGAUCUAAACAAAAUGGUGUCACAGAUCUGAGUGCCGAGGCAGUGGGUGUCGCCAUUGCUGCACCUCCUUCUGAUGGAGAGGCCAAUGCAGAGCUGUGUCGCUAUCUCUCAAAGGUCCUUGAAGUGAAAAAGAGCGAAGUUGUAUUAGAGAAGGGUGGCAAAUCUCGAGAAAAAUUAGUGAAGAUUUUGGCACCAUUGACACCUGACGAAGUUUUAGAGAAGCUGAGAAAAGAAGCAGCCAGCUGAAGCCAUAAAUGAGCAAAGUCUUAGCAAGUUUGUUCACUGGAAGCAAAGACAAAUGAAGGUGUUACACAAGAGUACGUAAAAAUAGAUGACAGAGAACCUAACCGUGUUUCUACAGACAACUGCAAAGAUUAAUUUCAUGCAGCGGUUUUCCAUCUGUGGUCUAUGGUGAAGACUUGAAGAAAUAUGAACUAUUACAGAUAAAAUAGAAAGAAAGACAGAUAUUGAUCUCAAAGAGCAGGGGUUUUUUUUGCCAGUGAUAGAUAUCGUUUGUACAAAGCUACAUUACAAACUUUUGAGACAUGUUUAUGUAAGUUUGAGAUUUAGUAGCUGUGAUGAAAAUGUUCAUAGAUAAAAUGAAGACCAUGUUCAUGGGAAGGAAGAGUUGGAGUCAGUCAGUGUUACUGAGUGACACUGACUGAUGGAUUUUGGAAAGAUCACUGUAGACUAUUGAAAAUGAUUGUGCUUUCUUCUUCAAUUUCUGAGAAUAAAAGAAUUUGGUUAUUAUCAGAUAAA